CAAACUGAAAGUAUAUUAAAAAACAAAAUCCCACUAUAGAUGAUAGAAUGAUAAAUUAAAAAAUAUGUAAUUAACUCUCACUAAGUAAUUCAAAUUGCCAUGAUUUAGUUAAGAAAUUAAAACCUGUAACUGUAAACUACAAUCAAGAACGGCGGAGAAGAAAAAACUUGGUCACAUGAUAUUUUCGGACCAAUCACAGCAAACCGGAGGUAGUUCUAGGCGCGUUACCUCCGGCAGCCGACUGCUGGCUUUAAUGUGUUAACUUUAAAACAUUACAGACGUUUAAUGUGGGUAUUUUGUCAUUCCAUAACCGGUCAAUGACCCAUGAAAACCUGGUGCACUAUUGGACUGUUUUUUUAGAGAGAAAUGAAAAGGAUUAAAAAGAAGAAAAUAAACGCUGGGUUUGAAGUGAAUGGGAACGAAGCUGCUACAAAAGAAUGUAGCAAGAAAAAGAAGUUGGCUGAGAUCCAUCAGGCUUUGAUAUGUGAUCCAGUUGACACUGGAACCCUGAGGAGAGCAGCAGCAAGUAAAGGAGGACUCCUCACAGAUGAGAUUAGAAGAAAAGUUUGGCCCAAACUACUAAACGUCAACGUGUACGAUCUCCCACAUAAACCAGGUCGGGAUGUGAGACAGAACCACAAGGACUACAAUCAGGUUCUCCUCGAUGUCAGGAGGUCAAUGAAAAGGUUCCCUAAAGGUAUGCCCGCCUCAGAGAGGUCUGUGCUUCAGGAGCAGUUGAUCGACAUCAUCCUGGAGGUGUUAAAACGCAACCCUCAGCUCCAUUACUACCAGGGCUACCAUGACGUGGCCGUCACUCUGCUGCUAGUGGUUGGAGAGCGCAUGGCCAUUGCUAUGUUGGACACACUCUCCAAUUAUCACCUAAGAGAUUUUAUGGACCCGACCAUGGACAGCACUAAGCACAUCUUAAACUACCUGAUGCCCAUAUUAGAACAAGUUGAUGUAGAGCUGCAUGACUUCUUGAUCAGAGCUGAGGUGGGAACCAUCUUCGCACUCUCCUGGCUCAUCACCUGGUACGGUCACGUUCUGUCAGAGUUCAAACUCACCCUCAGGCUGUACGACUUCUUCCUGGCUUCACACCCACUGAUGCCCAUCUACCUCGCUGCCACGAUCGUGUUGCACAGGGAGAAGGAGGUGAAACAGACUGAGUGUGACAUGGCCAUGGUCCAUCACCUCCUGUCGCGGAUCCCUCAAGAACUCCCGUAUGAACUCCUGAUCGCUCAGUCCCUGGAACUCUUCAGCCAGUACCCUCCCUCGGUGCUGGCCAAGCGGGCAGCGCUGCAAUCUCGAAAAAGCCGGUGUAUCAGCACCUUCCAUGCCUUUCAGCUCUCCACCCUCCACCAGAGGCCAGACUCUGUUCUCCAGCGCCUCACCAAAGCCCAGGGCUCCAACACCUCCAACAACGCCUCUCGACACGCUGGCCUUGAAGCAGCUUUAACCCGGAACCGAGGCCAACUGUGGGGGAAGGGGAACAAGAUUGUGAAGAUGGCGGUGUGGGGACUGUCCGCUACGCUGGGGGCGGCUGUGUUCGCUGUGGCUCAGACCGCCUUGGACUGGGGACCUGAGGUGUUGCUGCAGCUGUUCUGAUGUGGACUGUUAGAGUCGUAACAACACAAACAAACAUCCUCAAAGACUUGAAGUUAAUCCAGUGACUGUAGGGGUCAAACUAGGGGUCAACUGCGGUACCAAACAGGUUGUUGCCACUCGACCAAGCUGGACAUAUGCUAAAUCACUAUUCAGCCUUUAGCCGUGUGUGUGUGUGCACGUGUGUAUAAUGAGCAUGUGUUUCUAUGGUUCUGAGCUUCUGUGUUGGAUUUUAUACCACUGGUCAGGAUGAACGUUUGGACAAAAGAAGCCUCAGGUUUGAGGAUGGUUGAUGACUAUUUAUUGUGAAAGCUGAGAGCUGUAUCUUUUUAUAAAAUAAUACACACCGUAGAAAAGGAUUAUAGCCACAUGGAAUAUAUUUUAUUAAAUACAGUAUUUUGACUAAAGACUUCCAUGUGGCCAUAACUCUUAUCUAUAACUGUGUCAUCCAGAAUGAUAUGCCAUUCAUUUCUACAUUGGCAGCCAGUGGCCUGUUGUGAAAAGUCCGUCCAUGCAUGUGAGACAUUAAUGCAUUCUGCUGUUACCGGCUCUGGUUCACAUGCUUUUUUUAUUUAUUUAUUUUUUAUUGUGGCGUUUUGCACAUGGCGAUACUUCAUAUUUGUGUGCGUGUGUGCGUGUUUGACUAUCACGCAUGUUUCCUCGCGCUUCCAUUGCACGUAUUUCUUUAACACGCUUGUUUGAUCAGCAGCCAUAUCAGACGGCCAACAGUGCCAGUAGCCAGAGCAUAAUCACACGAAUCAUGCAAAUAAUUAAAAAGCCUUUUUUUUUUUACUGAAUUCCUGAAAUAUUUUCAGCAAGAGUAAAGUUAUUAGGCGUAAAAGAGGGAGUGGGCUGUGAUGCCUCAGAGCUUUUUUUUUUUAAAAUAUAUUAAUUGCUUAACUCUAGGUGUCAGCAAGUUGCACUUGCAGAUAUCUUUAACUCACAAACGAGCUGUUGCUGCACCAAAUUGUGAACAUCACCCUCUUGUUUCCUGGAGGCUAUGUACAAAAGCAGCAGAACUUUUUUUUCAAAUGAGUAUUAAAAUCAUAUUAUUUAUGCAAAAAAAUAUAUUAAUAUAUUAAGUAUUGCUGUCUGACCUGCUCCUGCUGGAGGAACAUGGGGGCAGACGCUAUAUUCCUAAAAUCUGCUAAAAUAUUUAGCAGGUUUGCAGCAACAUCUCCCCUCGACAGCAGUCAACAGAGCUGAGUCUCAGACUCAUUCCUCUCACAGCAUCAUGUAAUUCAUCCAAAUGAAUCCCCUGAUUUGGUAAAGAAUAUCUCAGCAUUUUGUUAUGAAUGAAUUAUUUUAGCAAGUUGUAAAAAGUCAGAACAGAACGCAGCUAUUAAUGGACCGGAUGCUAACGCAGAACUUCAUAACAUCUAAAGUGAAUAUUAAUAAUGGAGGGUGUUUCUACAUACCUCAGGUACAUGCAUUUGCAGCGGACAUGGAUGUCUUUUUCUUUUUCUUCCAAACAGCCGUGCAUGCUCUGGUUGUUGACUUGCUGUACAUUCUGAAAUAUUUAACAGCUUUUACAAGCAUGCAGUGAAGCAAGUGCUUUUGAUAACACAACACACACGGCAAUCACAACAACACUCUGCUCUCUGCACAUUGUCAGAUAUAAAUGUGUCCAAUCUUUACACAGCUGGAUGGAUAGUCUGCGCCCUGUUGAUUUUAGCUGCUUCAGAGCGUCUGCUGUGUACUAAAUGUGCCUCGCGCUUUACACUAGAGUGUGGAAGGAGACGAGCAGCAGAUCGAUAACAGGAAGGGAUUGAUCUGAAAAAGUAAAUUUUGAGAGUUCGGAGAGCUAAGGUGAGCUGGAAAUAUAAUGAUCUAAUCUGUCUCCAGUGUUAGGGACAUGUGUGGGGUUGGUGAGCUCACAUCUGUCUGGGAGUCAGUCAGGUGCAAACAAAAAAUCAGCAAGUUUUCUUUUUUUUUUAAAUCACAAAAGUAGACGUCUCAGAAUUAAAAAAAGGCUGACUUUUUCCUGACUUUUCACAAAGUGACCUAAAACAAAGUAAUUAUUUCUUCAAAUAUAUUUUCUGUCCUAACAGUCGGAACUCUGAUUAAAGCUAGAACUUCUCAUUUUUAAUCUCAUAACUCUGGAAGUAAAAGUCCUUGUGGCCCUAAUCCUCUCCUGUUAAUUUGCUUCCAUCUCCUUUAAUAAUAAUGUACUCAUCUAUCUGUGUUACUCAUCUGUCUGUGCUCUACAUUCCGGACUCACUUUGCACCUUGUUAUAUUUGUGCUGCCUGCACCGUGUGUGUCUUUUCUGUUUUAAAUGUCCUUUGUUUAAAGACUUGUUUUGUUCAGUUGCAGCUGCUAAUGAAGAGCUACUAAAACUGUUUGGCAUUAUCCCUGCAACAGUGUUGAUUGAAUACUGCACCAGUGUGUGUGUGUGUGUGCCGUCCCAGUAUUGCACGUCUUGGGGGCAUUUCGGCCUAAUAUACACCAUCAGGUUUUAAAUUAAGGAUGGUUUUAAGAUAAGGACUUAAUUGUAGUAGUGGCUGGUGUUAAACUAAUGUCACCUGGUAAUGGAUGCAGUGGAUGUCGCGCGGUGACAAAGUUUGCUGGUGUUUGAGGAAGAAAACAGUCACUUCCUUUGGUUUGAUUUUUCUUUAUUUUAAUGACGGGCGUUGACUACAGUAAGGUUUAUUUAUUCUACACUUUGAUGCAUUUGUUCCUCAGUUACAGCUUAUCAAUGUAUAUUCUAAUUGCACACAUGCAUGAGUUAGUUGAUAGUAAUGAUUGACAGUAUUGGGUUUUCAAAAUGUUGCAUUCAAUAUAUAUGUACGGUCAGGGUCAAGAUGGGGGAAAAAAUGUGAUUUUUCCAGUUGGGAAACGAGCGUGUUUUUACCUGUGAAGGUGAAUUUCUGCUGAACUGCUCUUUUCUCUGCUGCUUAAUUUUUCUGAAAUUAAAGAAAAUAAACAAAUGCUUUUUCAAAAGUGAG